AUGGCGUCCGCGAUAACCUUUGGUGACGAUAACUGCGGUUUUCAAGCUGGGGUCAUUAACGGCCCCGUUACUACCAAUUUUCAUCACCAUGCUCCACCUGGUAUUCCGUCAGCCGUCAUACCCUUCAAUCGGGACGAGGACUUUGUCGAGCAAGGAAUACUGCUCCAUCAAGUCCACCAGAAAUGUGCUAGACCAGGUUCUCGGACUGCGCUUGUCGGCCUGGGCGGUAUUGGAAAGUCGCAAAUUGCCAUCGAACAUGCGUACCGAACUCGAGAGCGAUCGCCCGAAACAUGGGUCUUCUGGGUCCACGCGAGCAACCGGGCGCGUUUUGAGCAGAGUUUUCGGGAUAUUGCAAAUUACGUCAAAAUCUCUGGGCGGCAGAACCGUCAGGCCAAUAUAUUCCAGCUUGUAUACGACUGGCUGCGUGACGAAAGGAAAGGAAACUGGAUUCUCAUACUUGAUAAUGUCGAUGACGCUGGCUUCCUCGUCGACUUUCAAAGCGCCAGCCAGGAUAGGCAAACAAAUAGCUUGGACAGCGGGAACUCGAAAUCGCUCGUGUCGUACCUUCCACAGUGCCAGAAUGGAUCCAUUCUUAUAACGACCCGGAGCAGAGAUGUGGCGCUAAGGCUGGUUGAAAAUCGCGAUAUAAUUCUAGUCGAACCAAUGGCCACGACAGAUGCUCUAGCGCUCCUUAACAAAAAUUUAGGGACGCAAGGAAGCAACAAUGAACUCACCGAGCUCGUUACAUCGCUCGAAUUCAUACCGCUUGCUAUUGUUCAAGCAACUGCUUAUAUCUCUCAAAGGGCGCCACGCUACUCGGUGGGACAGUAUCUUAAAGAAUUUCAAAAGAGCGAUCACAAGAGAGCAAGUCUUCUUGAGUACGAAGGCGGACAACUCCGGCGAGACCGGGAGGCGAAGAACUCCGUCAUCAUUACAUGGCAAUUGUCAUUUGAUCAUAUUCGUCGAAUCAGGCCGUCAGCAGCCGACUUACUGUCACUUAUGAGCUUUUUUGACCGGCAAGGGAUUCCAGAGGCUCUACUUCGAAAUUACAACAGGCCGGAAUGUACCCAGCAAGUUCGGAAUGAGAGUAAUGAUGAUAAACUUGGAAAGGACGAUAGUGAUGACAGUGGGGAUUGCUCAUCGCAAUAUAGCAUAAGUGCUGAGUUCGAAGACGAUAUCGUAACUCUACGAAACUACUCGUUUGUUACUAUUAGUGUGAACAGCACAAUAUUCGAAAUGCACGGACUGGUACAGUUAGCCAUGCGAAGUUGGCUUAAAGCUAACGAUCAACAAAGAAAGUGGGAGCAGCAGUUUAUCAGUGUUAUUUGCGCAGAGCUUCCAACAGGAGAGUACGAGAACUGGGAAAGAUGUGAGGCUCUUUUUCCGCAUGCGAAAUCAGCAGCAGCAUUAAGGCCGGAGAACCAAGACUCAGUAAGAGAUUGGGCUUCAAUACUACACAACGCAGCAUGGUAUGCGUUACGAAUGGGGAAUGGAGUUGAGGCGGAGAAGAUGUCAGUCCAAGCAGUAAAAGCGAGAAAGAAGAUUCUCGGUCGGGAGGAUAAAGAUACAUUGAAUAGUAUAGAGAUGGUAGGUUUAGCGUCUGAACUUAGAGGUCAAUGGGACACGGCCGAAAAACAAUUUGUGCAAGUGAUGGAGACCCGCAAGACAAAGCUCGGGGCGGACCAUCCUGAUACACUUACAAGUAGGGCUAACCUGGCGUCGACGUACAGGAAGCAGGGGCACUGGGAGAAGGCCGAGGAGCUGCAAGUACAAGUGAUAGAGACUCGCAAGACGAAGCUCGGGGCGGACCAUCCUGAUACACUUACGAGCAUGGCCAACCUAGCGUCGACGUUUUGGAAGCAGGGGCACUGGGACAAGGCCGAGGAGCUGCAAGUACAAGUGAUGGAGACUCGCAAGACGAAGCUCGGGGCGGACCAUCCUGAUACACUAACGAGCAUGGGCAACCUCGCUUUGACUUGGAAAGACCAAGAUCGACAGGCAGAUGCCUUUGCGUUAUUGCGUGACUGUGCGCAGGCUCAGCAUCGAGUUCUCGGGCCAAGACAUCCACAUACCCUAUACAGUCUGGCCGUAAUGGAAAGUUGGAGCAGCUAG